AUUUAAUUGAUUUGUUACUAAAAUUAGAAUAAAAAUAGCUUCCGGGUGGUUAAUAGUAUCGUUUUGAUUCAUUUAAUAGAUAAUUAAGGCGGUUUCUGUGUGUUUAAAUCGUGUAAACGUGGAGGAAAAGAGUAAAUGUUAGGCUAAUAAGGCAUGCACGCGGUAGGAGUUACUUUUAGAGACAGCUAUUAAAAGGAUAUAAUUGGUUGAAAAUCAAACUUGACCAUAUGAUACAAGGGAAAAGAAAAUCAUAGAAAUAAAGAUGUACUAAAUGGAUGAUGAUGAUGAUUUCGAUAUAUCUGAACCUAUUGAAGGAGCUAAUACCAACAAUUUUCAGGAUUUGGAUGAUUUGGAAGACGAUCUUUUUGGAAGUGCCUUGAAAAAAAAGUUAACUUCGAAAUUUACUUCGUCAUCACAAUCUGCCGCAUCGCCAAAGCAUAAGCCUGUAAUUUCUGAUGAAUUUGACGAAGACGAUCCUUUAGCUGGAUUAUUAUCUGACGAAGAUGAAGAUAAACCGAAAACGCCUUUGACAAAGAAAAGAUCCGUACCAUCAACACCUGAUAAGAGAGGAAAUGCGGCAGGCGACACACAAAAAGAUUUCCAGUCGAAAAAGGCAGACACAAUUCUAGACAAAAAAGAUGCUGGAAUUAAAAAACAAGAAACCGUCCAGCCAAAGAAAAAGGGCAUAUUUGACGAUGAUCUAGACGUUUUAGAAAAUUUAGGUUUGAGCGGUUCAACUCAGAAAAAGAAUGUGGCCGAAAAGAAACCGCAGCCGUCUACAAAAGAAAGUUCUUUCAUGAAAGAUCUUCUGGGAAAUAAAAGCGAAGAAAAACAAGAGAAGCCAAAAACAACAGAAUUUAAGUUAGAUGAAAAAUACAAAAUGAAAACUCAAGAGAAAAGUGAUUAUUUAUUUGGUACUUAUAGUCCGUCUUCGUCUGUGGGAGAAAGAGGAACGCCAAGAAGAAGAAAUGCAGGUCUAGACGAUAAACCUCAAACUGCAAAUGCAGCCAUCGGAAGAAGCAACAGUAAAAAUGAUGACUGGUUAUCAUCUGCAAAAGACGAAGUUCCAGCGAUGUCUCGAAGAAAGUCUGGUUCGUCAGAUUGGUUACUGAAAGACAAUGGUGCUACCAGUUCUCCGGGUGCCGGAAGGAGAAGACAGACUGACUGGUUAAAUAAAGAUAACAAAGAAUCGUCAAAUGCAAUAAGCGAUAAAUCGGAUUGGUUAAAUUUUGACGGUAAAAGUCCUGUUCAGGCAGAACGGAAAAGUAUUACCGAUAUAUUUUCGGCCGAUCCCAAUAAAGAAAAGGCAACUGUUAGUGAAAACAGCAAUCACGUUAAUGUUAAACAGCCAGAGAAGAAGGAAGUAAAAUUUCAGCCUGCAGAUCCCAUUACUAAUGAAAAAUCUUCUCAGCCCGCAAGUGUCGUUUCAAGUCCCGUCAAAGAGCAGAAAAUAACAAGUGAGCCACAAGCGAAUACUCAAUCACAAGUAGCUUUACAACUUCAAAAUGAAAUGAUUGAACAAAUAGGAUCACUUCAAUCAAUGGUCACAAAAUUACAAAUGGAAAAGGAACAUCUAACAAACUCUCUCGAGAAUACACAGAAAAGGCAUGAAGAAGAAUUGAAAAUGGCCGAAACACUCAAAAAAGAACAACAAAACAUAAUGGAAGAACAAUUUAUUCAAAAAGAAUGGAGAAUGAAAGAAGAUUACGAAGAAAAACUUAAGAAGCUCGAAAGAUUGGUAGAAGAAUUGAAAAUAGAGAAAAACGAAUUUACCAAAACUCAGAAAGAGAAGUAUGAAGAUGCAGAACUCAGUCAUCGUAAAGAAGUACAGAGGCUUAAAGAAUUACAUGAUCGCGCCGUUGCCGCAAUGAAAGAAGAACAUGAAGAGGCUCUGGCACGAUUGAAAGAAUUAAAAGAUCAAGAAGUCGAAGCCAUUUCUAGCACACAGUCUUACAGCAAAACAAUACAAAAUUUAGCAGAACAAUUAGAAGUGAGAACUUUAGAAUUAAGAGAAUUGCAGCAUACGGUCGAGGGAAGACAUCAAGAUGCAUUAAAAGAAAGACAAAUAUUACUCGACACAAAAGAGAAAGAUCUCAGAUUGAGAGAGCAAAGACUACUAAGGAUAAGAGAAGAGGAGGAGGAAGAACGUGUUCGCUUGCAACAAUUAGUGAUGAGAUUAGAAUCAAGACUGCAAAUUCAGACAAAAGAAACAGAAGAGAACCGUUGGGAACACCAGAAAGAAAAGGUUAAAUUAGAAGUUCAACAAAAGUCUUUAGUUGAAGAACGGAGGCAAUUAGAAGAGCAGUUAGAUUUGGAAAGAAGUCAACUAAAACGAGCAAAAGACUCUCUGUUACAAGAACAACAAAGAUUGUACACCGAAAUUGCGCAACAGAGACAACAGUUAACGGCGGAAAGGAGUCAGUUCGAAUCUCAGAUGAGAAAAUGGCAGCAACAAGAAUCCGAAAGACUUUCGGCAAAAUUAAAAGAUGAGAUUAACUUAAAUGCUGAACGGCAGUUUCUACAAGAGGAAAAGAAACAACUGGAAAUGAAAAGGCAUCAAUUAGAACAAGAACUGAAGAAUUUACAAUUGGACAGGUUAAAUGUAGAAAGAGAUCUUCAAAAAAAUCUAAUUGAACAAGAAACUACAAAUAAACUCACCCUAGAACUUCAGAAAAAAUCUAAAGAAGUCGAGGAAAUGUAUAAAUUAGCUAUACGUACCAGAGAGGAGGGUAAACUGGCACAAAAACAGGCUCAAGAGAUUGAACUUGCAGCUAAUAAUCAAAUAGGCGGACUGACAGCUCAGUUGGAAACAAUUAAAAUGAAAGAGCAGCAGCUUUUGGAGCAAAGGUUAGCAUUAGAAGAAGAAAAGAAACUAAUACAAAGCAAAAAAUCUUUUAUGCUGUGUGCUAAUUGCAGAGUGGCUAUAGGAAAUGCAUUUCCAGCAAUUUAUACCACAACUUAUUUUCCAAACAAAAGGACGUCCACUCCAAAUGUAACUGAAAGAUCCAUCAAUGACCCGAAUAUGUUAAUGUGGAAAAUUAAUGCACAGAAAGAUGACGAAUUUCUGGAAAUAGAGGGAUCGUUUUUAAAAUCUUUGACUGACCAAACAGGACAGAAUGUGUGACACUAUGUUUAAUAUUUGUAAAAAGUUAAAUAUUUAAACAAAAACUAUAUGUAUAUUUUAUAUAGUAAUAUUAUCACAGUUACAUGAAAUGC